CGAGUGGUGUUGCCGAUGACGGUAGAUGAAUAUCAAGUGGGUCAGCUAUGGUCAGUAGCUGAGGCAUCUAAAGCUGAAACGGGUGGUGGAGAAGGUGUUGAGGUGUUGAAAAAUGAGCCUUUUACCGAUGUACCGCUAUUAGGUGGUCGCUUUUCGCAAGGGCAAUACACCCAUAAAAUAUAUCAUUUACAGUCAAAAGUACCAUCAAUAUUGCGAAAGAUUGCACCAAAGGGAUCACUGGCUAUCCACGAGGAAGCAUGGAAUGCGUAUCCAUAUUGUAAAACCGUUCUUACGAAUCCUGACUAUAUGAAAGAGAAUUUCUUCAUCAAAAUCGAGUCAAUGCAUUUACCCGAUAGGGGCACCACAAAAAAUGCACAUGGAUUGAGUGACGAUGAGUUGGCCAAUCGUGAAGUUGUGUACAUCAAUAUCGCUAAUAAUAACGAAUUCUUAUCAAAUGCUGAUAUCAAGCCGGAAACCUCUCCAGCCUUGUUCAAAUCGAAGAAAACCAAUCGAGGACCACUCACCGGAGAUUGGCGAAGUACGGUCGAACCAGUGAUGUGCGCUUAUAAACUCGUCACUGUCUACUUUAAGUGGUUUGGAUUCCAAAAAUUGGUAGAAUCUUUCGCACAUUCGGUAUGUUUCAAUAGUUUGUUCUGUUUUCAUUCUUUCCUUAUUGUCACGCAGGCUGCGUCAAUGCGUUCGGUGUUAAGUGAGAUUUAUGAGGAGUUUAUAGCGAUAAUGUUUAAGCAAUAUCCACGGUUAUUCUCGAAAUUCCAUCGUGAAGUGUUUUGUUGGAUCGAUAAUUGGUAUGGCUUGACGAUGGCUGAUAUUCGAGCAAUUGAGGAGAAAGCCCAAAAAGAAUUAGAUGAGGUGAGUGUAAGGCCGAGCAUAAUCGUUUUAUUUGAUUAUCAUCGUUACCUUUUUAUGCAUCUUAUGCAGCUGAGCUAG